AUGGAUAUCAUCGUCUCAUUUUCCUUGCCGCGCCGCACCAACUUCGUUUGCGGCUUCGUCAAGUCUUCACCGAUGAACUCCGUCAACCAUCAGGCAAGUACCGUUGAUGGUGAUGUCCCCGAGGUUGACUCCCGGAGGACUGCUUUCACUCAGAUCUGGAGCUCGAACCCAAGGCCCUCUAGCGUCGGAAUUCUCAAUCUCUGUUCGUCGUCGUCUUUGUCCAUGGUCAUGGCCGCCACUGCUCGGACCGUAGAGGAGAUCUUCAAAGAUUACACUGCUCGAAGAGCCGGCCUUGUUCGUGCCUUAACUGAUGAUUCGGAUGAAUUCUACGCACAGUGCGAUCCAGAAAAGGAGAACCUGUGUCUGUAUGGACAUCCAAACGAGAGGUGGGAGGUAACACUACCGGCGGAUGAAGUGCCACCGGAGCUACCUGAACCUGUUCUUGGUAUCAAUUUUGCUAGAGAUGGCAUGACCCGCAAGGACUGGCUUUCCCUCAUUGCUGUUCACGGUGAUUCUUGGUUGCUCUCUGUGGCUUUCUACCUCGGAGCUCGUCUUAAUAGGAACGACAGGAAACGACUUUUCAGCAUGAUCAAUGAUCUCCCUACUGUCUUUGAAGUUGUAACAGACAGGAAGCCCAGAGAAAAGCCCAGUAUCGAUAGUGGAAGCAAAUCUCGAGGCAGCACUAAGAGAUCUAGCGACGGGCAAGUGAGAAGCAACCCCAAACAUGAAAACUACCAUGUUGAUGAAGAUGAACACAUGGAUACACUUUGCGGAAGCUGUGGUGGAAACUACAACGCUGAUGAAUUCUGGAUCGGCUGUGACAUCUGCGAGAGAUGGUUCCAUGGCAAACGAAAUACCGCUGAAUGCAAAGCAAAUCAGCCCUCAUUUCUGGAAGAAGACAAAGAUGAGAGGUGGGGACAGUUGAUCAUGAGCUGUACAAUACGAAUGGCGGGAUGA